CACAUACUCGGUAGCUUCCAGUCAAGUAGUGUUAAGUUGACAGCAGCGUAAAAUUGACUUCGUAUUUGCGUGUAGCAGGAUCAAUACAGUUAAAUAUGUUUCACCAUUACACAGAAAACUAUUCUAGCACUGGCGAGCCUCCAACUCCUCCUGCUGAAGAAUCUACAAUUCUUAGAACUUCCAAUGACGGUGUAAGUCGAAGUUCAACUUCAUCCGAAAGGCAAACGAACGCCAGCACAAGUAGUUCACGUUCUCAAGAAGAUUCCGGAUAUGAGGCAUCUCCUUCUAGUUACAACAGGAGCAAUCGCUUACACUUCUUUGGUAUCCAGUCUGAUGAAACAGCGAACCAGAUUGUCCAAGCUUCUACUUCCGGACAUCAUUUGGAGGCAGCUGGAGAAGAGAAUGAUUUUGAAGAUUGCCCUGCAGUUUUUCUAUUGGAAGAAUCAGAGACUGAAUCGGACGCUGAGCUUGAUGAUGAGUGGGAUAUGUGUCCUGAUUGCAACUCUACAUUUUGUUAUGGCUGCUAUGGAACUGAUUCCUCUCUAAACAAUGCAACCAGCACUGCCAUUGCAACCGAUCUCAGCAAAUGUGAUAACAGUAGCAUUUCUAGCGAUUUGUCUUCCUCAAACCGACCGUCCAGCUUGCCCAUUCAGAUCCCAAAUGUUCAAAUUCAAAAUGAAAUGCCUUCAAACUAUGCUGCUUCACCGAGCCGUCUUCAACCGAGCCGUUCAGAUCCAAUCGAUUUCGGCUCGUAUAGUCCUGUUCUGAGGACAGUGAGUCUGAUUGCUCGAUCUCAUCCUGUUUCGUGGCCUUCUUCUAUUGCUGCUUGGGCAGCACAAAGAGGACCUCUACCCUUUUUGUUAAGUAACAUAGAUAACAUAAGGCAAGCUUUUCGGGACGAUUUAAGCAACUCUAGGAGAUCUGAAGGAGCUCCGAGCAAUUCUAGAAGACAUGAACUCUCUCCAAGCAAUGCCGCAAGACUUAACCGGGCUCCAAGCCAUUCCCGGAGACUUGACCAACUACAUGGCAGAAGCAGAAGGCAGCUUAUUGACAGCGAUGCAUCUUCCUUGCACUCAUCUGAUGAUGACACUGUUGAAGAUGUUUUCAAUAUGGCGGAGACCAAUUCUUCGUCUUACGCUCUGGUGGCUAAUGGCCAACCUUUACCAGAUGUGGUCCUUCAGUCUUCUCCAUCUGUCAGCCGGAGGAUCCGCUCUUUAUCCGUCAACUUGCCACCAACACAAGAGGUACUGCAACGUAUUGGUAGGUCUCUUCGAGAUCUCAGCGAUCAGUUCGAAAGAGGACGAGAGAUUUCACAAAGAAGACGGACAAUAGCUGAUAUAAUAUUUUAACUCAAAUCUCAAUGGACAAUCAUCUUAUGGAGAGAAAUCUGCUGUAAUUAUACAAUUACUCUUCAUCAAGUAUUAUUUUUCUGCGUUCCUGUUCAUACACACACUUUAGGACAAUAUAAUACAAAUGUUAAAUGAUCGGUUAACAUCUAUUAUUCAAACGUUUCAAGGAUUUUUGUUUGGGAGCCGGCUUGUGGCGCUGUUGUACAGUAUAUACUACUGCUGAGCAACCCAACAUUUAUAUACUACAAAAAUUGAGUUUAUUAUUUCCUUUCGAUUGUAAUUAUAUAUUUGGUUACUGUGUUUACUGCACUGAGAUUUUCAUAGUGUGUGCUAAUAUAAAAUUGAUUUAAGCUUUAUAUAUCCGAUAUUUAAAAAAAGUAUUGUCAAAAAUUGCUUUUGUAAGGGUUUGUGUUAAAGGGAUUGCAAGUGUUAUACUACUUAAAAUUCACAUUGUAUCCAUACACCUUCACCAUUUUGCUCAGAACAGUAUAAUUAUUAUAUUUUAUCACAUCUUCAUUUUUUUGUUAUGUACGUGAGUUUCCAUUUUGUGUUCAGUUGUAUAUUUUUAUUAUUUCAUUGCAUUAUUUACUUUAAGUUGUGAAAUAUUUUUUUACAUGCUUCCAUUAUUCAGUUGCGCUUAAAAUGUUUGUUAUUUUGUCAAAAUAAAGUGACCAAAGUUCUUACAAGCUAGCCAAAGAAAAAUUUGUCCUUUUGAAAUACAUCGUUGCUCAAUUUUGACACUUCUAAAAACAGGGAUUUUCACUAAAUACUGCAUCUAAAUAUAUUCUCAGAAUUUUACGUGCGUUGUCAUAAAAACUUAUCAAUUUCUAUUACAUUUUAUGUAUUUGAAUGUAUAGUUAAUAAAACUUGGAUAGUUUCCUUAAUCCAAGCAUUUAUAUUAAACUUUUAUAUAUUUAUAGUGUUUCUUCUGACAUAAAUGUUAAAAUUAAUUAUAAUCUUAAUUUAGAUAAAAUGAUUAACUAUGAUAUCAGAAUGUAAAUUUCCCUUUUAAAUGAAUUGUGUAUUUAUAUAUUAUAUUUAUUCAGAUAUGUUAAUUCUAUCAUUAUUCAAAAAUAAGGUCGUAAUUUUAAGCAUAUUAAGUCUGCUGUAAUUACCUGGUUUACCACAUUUUAAAUCUCUCCCCCCCCGUAGGCGAUAUUAUAUACGUCAUUAAAAGUAAACUAAGAAUUACCUUUAUUUAAUAGUAAUAGAAAACUGAAGACUAUGAAUGAACUAUUAAUUAAAUGAGCUUUUGUAAUUAUUUUUCCAUGAGUGAAGCUAAAAUAUAAAUUAUCUUAUUGAUGUAUUUCGGUUAUGAAAACGUAGCAAUGUACGCAAGAUAUAGUUUGUUGUAAUUAGUGUGUUUUGUGUUUCUUAUGCUUUAAUGUACUUAUAUGAUAUUUUAUACUUACAUACGUGAGAAUCCCUGUUUCCCUAAUGUUUUAACUAAAAGAAAGGGGAACAUGAACAGUAGAAUAUUUUCUUAUUGUUCUUAUUACGGAAAUUUAUGUCAUCCAUGUAUGUGUGUUGAAUUUCUUUGUAAAUGCUCAUAUUGUGUUUUUAAUGUUAAUCAAAAACUAAUGGAAUUUCUAAUAUAAUUUUUCAGUGUUUGAAUAUAUUGUACGCAAGCAUUUGAUUAUUUAUUUGAAUUAUUGCAUUUUUUUACUUUUAUUGUAAUAAAUAUAAACUGUAUGUAUUAACUUUUUAUAUUGAGUGUUUUUACUGAUUUUGUGGCUUAAGUUUUCUACUUCAUUUUUGUUGCAGUAAUAAAUUCUGCUAUCAAAAUGCAUCUCAAAAUUAGCUUCUAAAAUUUCGUUAAUAAGAGUUAUGCUAACCUCCCUUUUUGAUACAUAUUUUUCAUAUUUAUCAGUGUUUCUUGUAAUUUUCUUAUAACAUAUUCGUAAACAAUUCUAACAUUGUUUUAAAUUUACUUACUACCUAAUAUAGUUAAAAAAUUUUCUAACAAUUUUUAAUGAGUGUUUAAAAUUUUUAAAUUUAAUGCACUGUGUUUUCAGUAAAGUUUCUGGAAACAAACUCAUGAAAUAACUUUCUAAAUUAAUUUAAGAAAGAGAAUUCGUACUUGAGUAUUAUUCGGCAUCCACCGAUACACCAUGAACAACCUAUCGGUGCCAUUGAACCAUGAAAUAUAUUUUUGACGUCGGUAAAUAUGUAAAAGGUGUUUUUAAAUUUGAAGCAGUUAUUGUUUGGUGCUUGCAUCAAAAUUACUUCAAAUUAUUGUUUUCCGCAACUUGUCUCAGCCUCUCUCUAUGAAUGCUGCUUUAAAAUUAAGGAUAUUAAUUAGAACUUCGACUUAUUUCUUAGUUGUAAUGUUUUUCAUCGUUAUUUUCUUAUAUAAUAAUUUCCGCUGUAUAUGUCCUACCAUGUACAGUUUUUCAUAGCAUGAAAAUCUAUUAAACACAAAAAUGCAGCAAAAAUUAACAAGCGUAGGCGCAAGAAUUUUCCAAGAAAAGAAAAUUGCAUAUUUUUUUUAAGGCAAUGUGUAUGCUUUUGCUUUAAUUGGUCUGGAAUUAAUGCCGAAAUAACGUUAAAAAUCUACAUCUAACCUUUUAUAACCCCCCCCCCGGAAAAAAAACAUUAGCAAGAAAAAUUUAAAAAAAAUGGAACAGCUUUUCUAGGGUUGCUAAGCGUUCAUAGGAAAAGUCGGAUGGUAUUUUUAGUGAACUAUCGGCGGAGAGCGAUUAAUACACAAGUACCGCAUGUUCGUAUUUUUAAUAGAAAAUUCAUUAUUCCCAUGCACAUAAUUUUACUAAUGAAACUGUUUUUAAUGUAGCACUCUUGUAGUAAAAGUUCCUGAAGAUUUUAAAAUACUCUUAAUUCAUUGUUUUAAAAAAUAGCAAAUAUUUUUUUAAUAUAUAUAUUUUAAGUGGUCAGUAAUCAAAAAUGGGAACCUAACAAUACUUCAGCUUAGAUUUCGUUACUGAUUAGUGACUGGCGAUAAAUCAAAAUGCGUUUCUGUACAGAGAAGCUUUACAGUACUCCAUGCAAUCCAACGCACAAUCAUACUCACUAGAAUGCAUAAACGUAAUUUAACCAAUUAAUUCACGAACUAAUUUUAUUUUUAAGGAAGAGAAAACUUAAACUAUAAUACUUAUUACGCAUAUGGCAUGCUUGUAGAAAACACAGGCCUAGAGUUAAUUCUCAUUUGAUAUGUGCUGCUUUUUUUGCCUGCAUAUUGCCAUUCGUGUUUUUGUUGCCAUAGAUAAUGUUCCUUGUUUUGAUUUGUAUUUACUGGAGUCUCUUUCCUUGUUUUGCAAUUCUUAUUUCAUUUUAAUAUUAAUCUAGAAAUUAAAUUUAUGUUUUGAAUGUUUGUUUGCAAGAUGUUAAUUUUCUUUGUGAUUUGUUAUUUGUAAUAGAAACUGUUAACUGUUGUGCUUAUUUUUGUUGGUUAGUCCAGAAUUUAAGUGGAUUGGUUUUCUUCCCCUUAAAAUCGUUUUGCAGGUCUAUAUGCUUUUUUAUUUCUGAUGUCCGUGGCAAGCAAUUUAUAUUCUUUUUUAAUAACUGCAAGCGUGCUCUUGUAUUCAACCGAACCAGCAGUGAUGGUUUUAAAUUCCUUACGUAAUUUCCGCUUUCAUUAAAAUGAUACAUUUUUAAAAUUAUCACAAUAGCGAUAUCGGUUAAUAAAACGCAUUAAUCAAUCGAAAUUUUCAAGAUGCAAGUAAUCCAUACCUUAUAUUUAGAAACUGAAGGUAAUAAAUUGGAAAUCAGAUUUAAAAAAUAUUAACUAUAAGUUUCGAAUAAAAUGUGUCGAUUAUACAACUCUAUAAUAUGAAAUUAAAGUGACAAACGCGAGUUGUCGCUCUUACAAUUAACUAAUAGUUGCAAAAGUAGCAUAUAUUAAGCCACUCCUAUUGAUUUACGACUGAAGUUACAGCAGCAAUUGAAACCAGGGCUCAUCGUUAUAACUAUUGGGGCUUCUUGCCUUGUAACUGAAUAUCAGAUAGUGACAAAACAUGAUUCAAAUUCAGAGCUGAACAACUGGUGAGUCUGCCCUAUACUUAACUCUUAAAUCUCAAACAUCAUAGCUAUCCUAAUUAUAAAGUCACAAUUUUUUUUUUUUUUUUUCUUUUUUUUUUUUUUUUUUUUUUCUUUCAUUCUACGGAUUCAGCAAGCAGGAGUAUAUUCCCAGCGAGACGGCGGCUAACACUGCAGUAGGUCACAUUAAAGCUUUUGUCUCGUAUUAAAACUCUGUAACUGGUUAGUUUUAGAGUACGCUUGCAACUUUUAUGUUUUUGCAUAGAACUACGUAAAAGCUCAGAUUUCUGCUACAGUAAUCUCAAGUAGUUCUAUGUAUGAAACUUGAUCUCAGUUUUGUGAUAUUAUUUACUUGUAUAGUCAAAGGUUCUUUUGAACAAAUUAUUAAUUUAAAAUGUACAGACUCCUCGUUCAGUGAAACAUUAAGCUAUCUAAUGAAUAAUCUGUUUCAAAACGUAUUUUAAAUGUAACAUACUGUUAAAAAAUUGGCAAGGAGAUACAAUGUGUACAGAUAUAUAUUUAUAUGUCAUUACCUGACAUUUUAUUGCUUGAUAAAAAUCUGCUUCAAAGGUGUAAGACAUGCGCUUGAAAAGAAUAUUUUCUACUCUUAAUAAAAUAUAAAAAAGGGGGAAAUUUUUAUGUAACUGGAAACGAAAGUUUUAACAGUGUUAGAUGUGUAUAAGAUGUUUAUUUCUGCUUGCAACAAGUACUGUACAGGGCCAAUUUUUGUAUUAGCAUUAAAUGAAAUGCGGUGGAAAGUACUAGAAAAGAAUUUUUGUAAUUUAGAGCAACGCAUUGUAUAAAUUAAAUUUUAUAUUCAUUUUAUGUAGUUACCAAAAUUCGAAUUGUAUUAUAGAUUCGCGGUUAAUGUGCCGUGUAUAGCUAACAUCUAUUGGGCAGUUGUUUUAGAAAUAACAUUUUUACUUUGCAUGAAAUUUCGUCCAGAUAUUAAAUUUUUAAUUCUCUUAGAUGAGUCGCAAUGAUUGUACAUACUUCUUUUCCCUCUGCUUUUUAACUUAGACUUUUUUUUUCAAGUGUAAAGAAAUUUUAGUUUAUAACUCUUUAAGCAGUUUUUAUUUCUGGGGGGGGGUCUAAAAUUUAAUAGUGUUUUAUAGUGUACAAAAUUUAAUUUUAUAAUAAAGUUCACUUUUUACGGCUUUAAAUAUAUAUUUAGGAAAAAUCGAACUUUUAGAUGAGUUAAAGAAAUUAUUUUGGCCAUAUUUUAAAUUUCUGUUCUUUCAAAAUUUCCAAUAAAAUUCGAAAUACCGUUUUUAUUUUGUAAUAAGGCAACUAAAAGUAAAGUAUGGAAAUACUUCUGUUUCGUCACAUACACAUGCAAAGAAAUAAAAAAGAUAUCAAUUUUUUACAAAUGUUGUCUUAUGAAAGAUAUUCUUGUUUCAAAAUCUAAUAUAACCAUUUAUUAAGUUAAGAUCUUGCAGAUUUUAUAAAUAGUUACAAAAAAAAAAAAGUAUUGGCUAUUUUAGUUCUUUCUUCCGCCAUUUGUAUAUAGUUAACAGUUUUGCCAUGUAAAUACGUUUUGUCAAUGUUGCUGUGAUGGAUUUUUUUUUUUUUUUACAUAGCCUUUGAUAACUCUAUAUACACUUAUAUACAUUAUAUAUACAUUUACAUGAAUGUUUUGGAACAUGAUUUCGAAUAUUUUUGUGCUGUACAGUUGAGAGAAAAAAAAAGUUAACCCAAUCCUAUGAAAGUUCUGGGUAUUGUAAGCGUAUUUUCAUUGAACGUCAAUGGCUAUGUUUGUGCUUGUGAAAUAUGAGUAAUAAAAGUGUCCGUUUUUUGA